CAUGCAAGCUGUGACAUAGGUAGCUAGGCACAGAGAGAGAGAGAGAGAGAGAGAGAGAGAGAUGGAAUGGAGGAAAUGUUAUCUGGAUAUGGUGCUUGUGCCUUCAGGUCUGCUGAUAAACAUUGCCUAUCACGCAUGGCUAUGGUAUAGAGUCCGUACGCAUCCGCUCACCACCCUCAUUGGAACAUAUGCAAAGGCACAGCGCUUCUGGGUCCCCGCGAUGAUGAAGGACAUUGACAAAAGGAGCAUCCUGGCAGUCCAAACCCUGAGGAACAUGAUCAUGGGAUCAACCUUAAUGGCCACCACCUCUAUCCUUCUAUGCGCAGGCCUCGCCGCAAUCAUAAGUAGCACAUACAGUGUUAAGAAGCCACUCAUUGACACUGUUUAUGGGGCUCAAGGGGAAUUCAUGCUAUCUUUAAAAUAUGUCACCCUCCUAAUUAUCUUCCUAUUAUCCUUUUUCAGUCUCUCUUUGUCUAUUACUUUUCUAAACAAAGUAAACAUCCUCGUUAGCGUCGUAGAGGACCCUAUGCCCGUAACGACCCCACAGUAUGUUUCUGAUGUUUUAGAGAAGGGCUACGUUUUAAGCAUUGUGGGAAAUAGGAUUUUCUAUGCGGCACUUCCUUUGCUGCUUUGGAUCUUCGGGCCGGUGCUGGUUUUCUUGUGUUCUGUGACAAUGGUGGCAGUUCUUUACAACCUUGAUUUCCUGGACCAGUGUGGAAAUGGAAAGGUGUUUCAGUGUAGAAAUUUGGACUCAGCAUAAUUGUAGACUAAUUUAUCUGUAUGAAUUGAUUUCUUUUUCAUUGAUUUGUUUGUAUUUUUUGUGGGAGGUGGCGUUAAAAGAGCUGUCACCGAUUAAGCAAACAAAGGGCGUUAUCUGCAAAGUGAGGUUAAGUAGUUGGUCUAAUAAGAGGCGAUAGGAAGGAAGUGAACUGCUAUAAAGAGCCGGCAAUGGUUAAAAUAAACGCUGGUAAUCGAUUACUGGAGUUUAUUUAUCAGCACAACCAAACGCUGGUACGGGGGGUCGCUAUUUACACGUUCUGGCAUUUGCUCA